AUGGCGCAGUACACUCCGCCGGAGUGGAGCGCCUCGGGCCGCAACGAGUUCGGCAUCUACCUGGAGGUGAUCAAGGGCGGUGUGGUGGUGGACACGCUGCCACUGCCGCGCACCGAUGGGCGGAGCUACGUCGUGGCCGGGCGCAUGAAGACCGUGUGCGACCUGCCCCUGGCGCAUCCGUCCAUCUCGCGGGUGCACGCGGCGCUGCAGUUCGACGACAAGGGCGCCCUCUUCCUCUUCGACGCGCGUAGCACGCACGGAUGCUUCGUGAACAAGAAGCGCGUGGUGGCCGAGCAGUUCGUGCGGCUGCACAUUGGGGACGUGCUGGUGUUUGGCGAGUCCACGAGGCUGUACGCGGUGUGCGGACCCCCGGAGCUGCUGCCGGCCGAGUACGAGUCGCUAAAUCUGGCCAAGUUCAGGGAGAAGCUGGACAGGAAGCGGCAGAUUCUGGAGAAGAAGAAGCAGGAGGACCGAGGCGCGUCCUGGGGGUUCGGAGAAGACGCACAGGAGGAGGAGGGGGACGACGAGAGCGACGAAGAGGACGCGGCCAAGGGCAAAGAGGAGCUGCCGGACUACCUCCGCAAUUUGAAGGAGGAGGAGGACCAGCCCUACAAGUCGAGUGUGAGUCAGUCGCAGGUGAACGAGAAGGACCAGCGCCUGUACCAGCAGCUGCAGACGCGGAUCCGCAAGAUGGAGAACCUGAAGCUGGAGCGCUCGAGGAUUCUGGCCAAGCAGAACCAGCUCGACGGGCUGUCGGAAGGCCAGCAGCGCACGCUGGAUCGGAACGAGCAGCGCAUUGAUGCGCUGAUGAAGGAGAUCGACGACCUGGAAGGCAGAAUUCACGCCAAGAACGACCAACGGUCCAAGACGGGCGGGACAUCUACUACUGCGAGGAAGAAGCGCAAUAUCAACGAGGAACUUUACGGCUACAGCAGUGACGAAGACGAUUUCUACGACCGGACUAAGGCUAAUCAGCAGAAGAUUGCCGCGCGGAAGCAGAGGAAGAGCGAGGUGCUGACCGCCGACUCAAUUCAGGCCAAUGAAGCGGAUUCGUUGGACUUUUUCAUGGUCGCAACAACCACGCAGCUGCAUGCGAGCGAGGUUGACACGCUCACGAAGCUUAAGGCAGAGGUGGAGGCGGAGCUCAAGCGUCAGCGCCAAUUGCUUGUCGUCGCAACCCCAGCGCUAGCUGCUUUGCCUGUUCAGAAGCCGGCGGCGAUGGCCAAGUCGGCGCCAGAACCUGCUGCGACCCCUUCCUCGCCAUCCAAACAAACCUCCGACCAAGCUCCGAUCGAGUCAUCAGCGCCAAAGCGACGACGAAUCGCUGGUCCAGCAAUGGGUCCUCCGAGAGAGACGAAGCCUAGUACUACAAGUGCCGACGAUGCGAGUGUGUUGGAAGGAGGCGAUCAGGUGUGGGUGCCGCCGGCAAACCAAACAGGCGAUGGCCGUACAAAGCUCAACGACAAGUUCGGGUACUGA